GGAUUACAGGCAUAACUCACCGCACUGGAGUUCUUGAUCCAGUACCCUAAAUCUCCAAGGAGAUCCUCAAAGCCAAGCACCAAGGACUAGUCUAGGUCCUUGGCAUCUUAGCCAGCAGGAUGGAGACCACACCCUUGAAUUCUCAGAAGGUGCUGUCAGCUUGCAAGGAUGGAGAGGAUUGUCAGGAAAACGGUGUUCUACAGAAAGGUAUCCCCACCCCAGGGGACCAAGCAGAGUCCAGCCAAAUAUCUAAUGGGUAUUCAGCAGUUCCCAACCCCAGUGCAGGCGAUGACACUCGGCACUCGAUCCCAGCUGCCACCACCACCCUAGUGGCUGAGGUUCAUCAAGGAGAAAGGGAGACCUGGGGCAAGAAGAUGGAUUUCCUCCUCUCUGUCAUCGGCUAUGCUGUGGACCUAGGCAACAUCUGGCGCUUUCCUUACAUAUGUUACCAGAAUGGAGGGGGGGCAUUCCUCCUCCCCUAUACCAUCAUGGCGAUUUUCGGGGGGAUCCCACUGUUUUACAUGGAGCUUGCACUGGGCCAGUACCACCGAAAUGGAUGCAUUUCUAUAUGGAGGAAAAUCUGCCCAAUUUUCAAAGGAAUUGGCUAUGCCAUCUGCAUCAUUGCCUUCUACAUUGCCUCCUACUACAAUACCAUCAUGGCCUGGGCACUCUACUACCUCAUCUCCUCCUUCACGGACCAGCUACCCUGGACCAGCUGCAAGAACUCCUGGAACACUGGCAACUGCACCAACUACUUCUCGGAGGACAACAUCACCUGGACACUCCAUUCCACAUCCCCCGCCGAAGAAUUUUACACACGCCAUGUCCUGCAGAUCCACCGCUCUAAGGGACUCCAGGACCUAGGGGGCAUCAGCUGGCAGCUGGCCCUCUGCAUCAUGCUCAUCUUCACUAUUAUCUACUUCAGCAUCUGGAAAGGUGUCAAAACAUCUGGCAAGGUGGUGUGGGUGACAGCCACCUUCCCUUACAUCAUUCUUUCUGUCCUUCUGGUGAGGGGUGCCACCCUUCCUGGAGCCUGGAGGGGUGUUGUCUUCUACUUGAAACCCAAUUGGCAGAAACUCCUAGAGACAGGGGUAUGGGUGGAUGCUGCUGCUCAGAUCUUCUUCUCUCUUGGGCCAGGCUUUGGGGUCCUCCUAGCUUUUGCCAGUUACAACAAGUUCAACAACAACUGUUAUCAAGAUGCCCUGGUGACCAGUAUGGUAAACUGCAUGACCAGUUUCGUUUCGGGAUUUGUCAUCUUCACGGUGCUCGGAUAUAUGGCUGAGAUGAGGAAUGAAGAUGUAUCUGAGGUGGCCAAAGAUGCAGGUCCCAGCCUCCUCUUCAUCACAUAUGCAGAGGCCAUAGCCAACAUGCCAGCAGCUACAUUCUUUGCCAUCAUCUUCUUCCUCAUGUUAAUCACACUGGGCUUGGACAGCACGUUUGCAGGCUUGGAAGGGGUGAUCACAGCUGUGCUGGAUGAGUUUCCACACAUCUGGGCCAAGCGCCGGGAGUGGUUUGUGCUCAUUGUGGUCAUAACGUGUUUCUUUGGAUCUUUGAUGACCUUAACUUUUGGAGGGGCCUACGUGGUGAAGCUGCUGGAGGAGUAUGCCACAGGGCCUGCGGUACUCACUGUCGCGCUUAUAGAAGCAGUCGCUGUGUCCUGGUUCUAUGGCAUCACUCAGUUCUGCAGUGACGUGAAAGAAAUGCUUGGUUUCAGCCCUGGAUGGUUCUGGAGGAUCUGUUGGGUAGCCAUCAGCCCUCUGUUUCUACUGUUCAUCAUUUGCAGUUUUUUGAUGAGCCCACCUCAGCUACGACUUUUCCAAUAUAAUUAUCCUCACUGGAGUGUCAUCCUGGGUUACUGCAUAGGAACCUCAUCUGUCAUCUGUGUCCCCAUAUACAUAACAUACCGGCUAAUCACCACUCCAGGGACAGUUAAGGAGCGCAUUAUUAAAAGUAUUACUCCAGAAACACCAACAGAAAUUCCCUGUGGGGACAUCCGAUUGAAUGCUGUGUAACACACACCAGUCCAGCUCUGAAGAGUACAGUCUUCUCCUCCCUAAAUGAACAAGUUUCCAGCAAAGCCUGAUGAUAAAAAGGACCUUCUUCACAGAGACACAGUCCUAGAAGACUAUGGUGCCCAGAUUUUUGUGGCUUUCAGCCACUUCUUCCAUGAAAUCUGCCGGACAUACUCCUAUAUUGGACUGUGACCCAGCUGAACUGGCCUGGAUAUGUGAGGAGGUGGGGAAGGAGGUGAUGAAAAUACCUACACAUCAGUUAAGAUUAGUUUAGAAUAGUUAGUGAAAGUCUCCUGUAUCAUUUUUUGGUAUGAUCAUUGUUACCUACCACCCAUUUGCUUCACUAUCUACAGAAAAAUGAAAACAAAACAAAACAGGGAUGUUGUCUUGCUAGCCAUAUAUUUUCCGAGUAGCAUAGAAUACUAUAGCUGGAAUCUAUUAGAACCUUCUAACCCAUGUGCUGCUGUGGAAUCAGGAAAGAUGUAAAAAGCUAAAUUGAAAAAAUAA